AAAAACAAAAAACACCAGAAUUUGUCACUUCUUGAGGUCAGCAGCCAAGCACUGCACAGCACUGCUUGAGCCACCAUUUUAAAGAGACACCAACAGCCAGGGACAAAUUGAAUGUGCUAUAAUUUACGUUGUGUACUCAAACGAUAUUUAAUAAAUAUGCAAACGUCUUGCCAUAGUCACUGCUCAAUUAUUCCGUUACCUAGCAACAAUGCAUUUCGAAAUCGAAAGGUUUGACAAAAGAGAAAUACCAUAGUGCUAACGGAGAAGCAAACAUAUACUCGUGCUAGUCAGCUGUGCCGCACACAGAAAACAUGGCAGCUGCGGACACAGACAGAAGCUUGAAGAUGAGCGAAAUUAAACAAUGCCUCCCACAAAUGAGCAAGGCAUUAUUGUCAGCCGCCUGUCUGAUUUGUCCCAAUGAACCAGUGGAGUUCCUUCAGAGAGUGCUUAUUGCAUUCCAGGGACAUGAUAACCUGCAAACUGUCGACUGGCAAAAAUUUGUUGAUUAUGUAAACGAGUCCAUUACAAAAGAUUCUCUGAAAUUCAAAGCUGUGGACACAAGUUCCCAAAGCGCCCAAAUGGAGCUGUAUUGUCAAAUGGAAAAGGCUGCCUCUUGUUACGUGAGACACUUACUAGGUGCAUGCUUCAGGGCGUGGAAGAAGUUCAUCCAGCAGAGGAAAGAAGAAGCCAUAAAGACUGCUCUGCAGAUGGAGGUGGCAAAGGCACAUGCUGAGAAGAGGUGCCGGAAUGCCGCUUUCAUUGAAUGGCUGAACUUUGUGAGGGUAUUCAAGACGAGAAGAGCAAACUUCAUUGUGAAACUUCAGAGUCUGGUGAACAAAAUCCGCAUCAAGCACUACAUAACGUCUUGGUACAGCGCUACUAUGGAUUCAAAAAGGCACAAAGAGUAUUUUAAGAAGUUGGAGGCAAAUGUCAAAGAAUUGGACGGUAAAGGUAAAAGUCAGCGGCCUUCUAUGGUUCUGCCGCCUCAGAAAAGAUUUGAUGGAAUAGCAGAGCUCCCUCAUCACCUCUCACUGAAGAUCUUUCAGUAUUUAGGAUUAAGGGACUGGCUAAACUGUUCUGAGGUGUCCAAUACCUGGAAAUCAAUCGUCCACUCAGGCACGUUGUGGAGUCAGAUUGACUUCUCGGUGGGGAAAGACUGGGUAACAGACACUAUAGUGCAGAAAAUCCUGAAGAGCUACCGGCCCUUUGUGACCCACCUGAACCUGCGCGGCUGCCAGUCGACAAAAUGGUCAAGCUUAAAAUAUAUCAGCGAAUGCAAAAACCUGCAGGAACUCAACUUGUCAGAGUGCUUAGCAAUUUCUGAUAUGAUGAUUCAGAGAAUUACAGAGGGAUGUCAGUGCCUGCUCUACCUGAACCUUUCUUACACACUCAUAACAAACCAGUCUUUGAGAGCAAUAAUCAGUAAUUGCCGCAGCCUUCAGUACCUGGGACUGGCCCACUGCUGCAGAUUCACAGAUGAAGGAUUUCUAACCCUGGCCACGGAGGAAGGUGGUCGAAAUCUCAUGCACCUCGACUUAACCGGAUGCAUUCAGAUGACACCAAAAGGGUUCGAAUACAUUUCUGCAGGAUGUCCGUCUCUCAAAGAGGUUGUGAUGAAUGACAUGCCAAGUCUGUCAGACACCUGUCUUUUGGUCCUACUUUCCAAGCGUUGCACUCUGUCCUCCAUCUCUCUGCUGGGCUGUCCUCUCCUGUCCAACAUCGCCCUCAAAAUAAUCGCAAAAGUAGCCAAUCUGAAGAGUUUCAGUAUUGAGGGCAACUACCAAGUAACUGAGGCGAGCUGGGAGGUCCUAUGCGGCUUCUCCACUGCUCUCAGCAAGCUCCACGUGGUAGACUGUAAUGGAAUGACCGAUGAAGGCAUGAAAUAUGUGUCCUCCCUCAGACACUUGAAUUACCUGGAUAUUUCACUCUGCAGCAGGGUGAGUGAUGUUGGAAUCAAAUGGUUGACUGAAGGUUCCUCAGCAAAUAAACUGCAACACCUUGGCAUCAGUCAGUGUGGCCUCAUUACUGAGUUCUCCAUCAAGAGGAUUGCACGAAGGUUGCAGAAACUGUUCCACCUUAAUUUGAGUUACUGUGAGAAGGUGACGGACCAGGCUUUGGAUUACCUGAAUGGCAGCUCCAUCCAGUCUCUGGACCUGACUGGCUGCAACAUCCGUGAUCAGGGACUGGAUUCACUUAAGAAGAUACAGCUAAAGAAGAUUGUAGUUGCCAAAUGUAUAUUCAUCACCGAUAUGGGCAUAGAGCUGUGCGACAACAUGAGAGAUCUGGAGCACAUUGACAUUUCCCAAUGUCCAGCUCUGACCGACGCAGCAAUCGGUGCCAUUUCACUUUACUGCAGAAGUCUCCUCAGAAUGAAGAUGGCAGCGUGUCCACAGGUUCAGUUUGCAUCUGCAUAUAGAAUGACGGAUAUGGCGAUCGUGUAUCUGACCACUGGCUGUCAGUACCUGCUAGAACUCGACGUGAGCGACUGCAGACUCCUCACCGAUCGCUCUCUUAAAAGCCUAAAAAAGAUUUCUCCUCCACUUAAUACCAUCAGAAUAAACAACUGCACAGGCAUCUCAUGGGAGGCUGCCGUAAAACUGCAAAAACGCGUCUCGCACUGGGAGUACAGCAGCGACAGACCUUCCACCUGGUUUGAUUGUAAUGUACACAAGUUUACAAUGGCCCCGAAGGAUAACGAUGCAUGGAUGAGGGAGAGGGACUUGUGUGCAUAAGCAGCAAUUCCGUCCGGAAAGAUCAAAAUUCUGUUUAGAAACAGAAAAACCUGGAGGAAUGAUUAUCUGCAAGCUGAGGUCGCAAGAUUUAGUUCUCAAAGUCCGGUGUCCUGUGACUUUUAGGUGCAUACUUCAUGCAACCUACCUGAACGGUUGAACUGCCUCCUCAGCUGGGAACUAGAAGAUACAGAGUCCUGCUAAACGACCUAAUUAUUUCAUCCAGGUGUGAUGAAGCAGAGGCGCACCUAAAAGCUGCAGACCAACAUCAGGGACAGAAAUUUGAGGCCCCCUGUUUCUGGUCACUCCAACCAUCGAUUUAGGAGCUUUUCUAAAUGUCUUUAAACAUUUAAGUGUUUUUAUUUUCACUAAUAUUUUUUAAACCAAUUAUAAACCAGGUUAUGAUUGGCCUGGCUUUGUCGAGGUAAUUCACCCAUAAUGCAGGUCUAAACCCUUUCAGUGUUAUUUUGUGCCCUUUUGCAGAAGAAAUGUUCAACAACUUCUAAAGAGCACAAACUGUUAAUGAGACAAAUAAAGUUUAAAAUUUA